CAACUGAAGUUUCUCGUUGCCGAGGUAACCAAGAAGCGUCAAGCCCUUAAGUGCGGCCGGUAAAGUUACCGGUAAAACUAAUUUAUCUUGCUUGUAGAUGCCUUUGAAAUGGAUUCAAAUCCUUCUUCAUGUUGGAAUUCAAUUCAAGAGAAAGUUAAGCCAUAUUUACCGACAAUCGACUUUGAUUUUUCAACAUGCCAGAAAGACGAGGUAGUCACAGUAUAUCAGAGACCAGCUGGUCUUUCCCUGAAGGUCCCUGAAGACUUUGAUGAUUUUUCAGUAGAUGAUGCUGAACUAAAGGAGCUUCUAAAAGCACAGAAGUCACCAGAAGAGAUUCACAGACAGUUAGAUGAUGAUACUGAUAAUGGAAAUGUAGAAAACAGCUCUGCAGCCCAGCAGAGUACAGGACCCUCUGAUGCUGAUGAUGAGGCAGGCACUUGUGCGACCAGUUUCGUGGUGUUGAAUAACAAAAGCAAGCCGGAUGCCUCUUUUAAACCAAACGUAGGCAACACCCAUUCCAAAAAGGGUUUACCUGUUCUCUCAUUUGCGAAGCUUGACCAGUGGGAUUUGGAUGCUGUCCUCCAAAAUUUAAAAGGGUCCAGAGUGUCUCUGCAAGAAUGUGCCUCAGUGGAACCUGUGAAAAGACAUGCAGUUCCAACCCGAUGUCCGUUCAUAAAUGGUGGCAACAGCAGCUCUCAGGAGGACAUAAUGGAAAGACUCACUGCUUUCUGCUUGAAACAGUCUGUGUCAGGCCCUGUAAAAAAUCCAGACAGCAUCAGACAAAAUAGCACCUGGGACAAAUGGCUAGAAAAGAUGUCAGCACAGCUCAAAAGCCACCGGAAGCAUCCUACUGUUUAUAUGGACUUGCGUUGCCCUGAUCCCUCCAUAAAACCAGUGGGAACAUCCCCACGUCUUUCAUUAGAGCCCCAGGCAGCAAGCAAAGCUCACCAGGAAUCACAACCUGCAAAGAUGCAGAACCUUAAAGUACACACUGGAUCACAAGCAAAGGGCAGGGAAGUGACUGGCGAGAGCAUGUCGCCUCCAAAAAUAAGGGAGAUCAACGGAACUGGGGAUCAAUGCACAAGACACCCAGAAGGAAAAGGAAUGAAAGACAAGCUGCCUCAAUCUGUGGAGUCUACAUGUAGCAAUGAGCCACACAAGCAGAAGGUAGAUGAACAAUGUCCAUCUGUGCGCUCCAGGAAAUCAAACAGGGAAACUGAUCAGCAAAGUUUAAUUAAAGUACCAAAGCAGCAGAGCAAUCAACACAGACUGCAGACAUUUCAACAUAAGCAAAAGCAGGGAAUUCUUAAACUACUGGAGAAACAUCGCCCGGUCAAAUCGGUGCAUCAGAAGCAGCCAGCUGCUGAGAAGACUGAUGUUCUUUUUGACGUUGAAGCGUCUCAGUUAGAGUCGGUCAGCUCGCUCCCAGCAGGUACUGAAAGUAAAGGCUGCAUGCUGCUCAUUAUCAGCCUCUCCAGUCCUGGUAUGGUAGUCGCUCAUGGAAAAAGGAAGCAUCCAUCUGCAACCAAGUCCCACAUCUACAACACUUUAGUGGCGUGGCUUCUGUCUUUGGCUGGUCCAGAUCAAUGCCAGGAUGAAGACCAAGCAAAGAUCCCUUUCUGGGUUGCAGGACUUCAGCAGCUGUGGACAGAAGAUGGACUAACUUUGCAAGUUUUAGCCGUGGCCCGUCGCUGUUAUAUACCAAGGAAACGGGACGUAGACAUCCACGCACCUUUCUGUCGCCACGUCAGCAAGUUCCUGUCUAAAACCUCCCUCACCGUAGUCGCCAGCUGGCUACCUCGGCUCGAAUUCAUGCUGGACCAGCAGGCCUACACCUCACACAUCCACCUGCCUCCAUCCUGUUUGAGCAGUUUUAUCUCCACCAUCUCGAACAAAAAUGUAAUAGACAGAACAUUUGGUCUCAGUCCAGGGUUUUACUGGCAGACUGUGGAAACUCAGGAUCACAUUUGUAAAGGGAGAGAGACCUCACAGGAGCAGCACAUAGAAGUAUCAGUUGUUCGGGGCUGCAGUGGUUUCUUUCAAGAUCCUCUCAUAACUCACUACACCCUCCAGCUGGUGCUGGAAUUAGGGCUCGACGUGUGUGGUCUGCGGCUGCUUUAUCCAUCACAGACGCUCCUGAGCGACGGCGGUGUAACAGUUAACCAGAGAGCCGAUGAGCCAAACCAGCCUGUCCUUGCCCUCGCAGUUCGGGGUCCUUAUGCCCGCUCUUUGAUGAAGGAUUUCAUUCAUUCCUUAGAACCUAUGCUGCUAAAACAGUCAGAAAAACCGUCUGUCAAGCCUCUGCACAUCAGAAAUGAAGAAACGCCACUCAUCCGCUCUCCUCAGUUGGACGCCCAAGUUCACCGCGAACUCUGCUUGUGGUUUUCAGGAAGACUUCAAAGAGACGGUGCACAAAAUCACAACCAGCACGUGAACAGGUUUGAUGUGAAAAUACGACAAUGGAAAUGGCCAGACUUAGUAAUAUAACAAAGAAAUCAUUAGACCUUUUUGAUCAAAUCUGGGAUGGAUUUACCCAAACUGAAGGUUGGUGGCCUCAACAUGAUUAGCUAGCAGUAGAGAUUUGAUUUACGGCUCCUUGAAGGGAUCAUUCCUUUAAAAGAGCCAUUCAAAAGACUGACUUGUUGUUAUAUUCAUUUAUUUUUCAGAAGUCAAUCAGGGGUAACUCGUUUUAAUCAAGAGAAAGAACAUUGGUAGAAGUUACAUGAUAAGAUAUAGAUCGGAAUACUUCAAACUUACACAUCCCACCAAAUUGCCAAAUAGCGUCAAAAAGAUCCCGCUCUCUUGAUCAAAUGCUGCUUGUUUAUUUAUUAGGUUUUUUUUCCCCCAAUUCGGCCUCUGGUGUUGCAAAAUAGCUCAGUUUUGACCUCAUUUGUUCACAUUACUUGUUUCCAAAGCUACUCUUGCACGUCCAAAUGUUGCUUUACAGACUCCCAGUGUUAGCCUGUGUAUUGAAGUCAUAGCCUAAUGUGUUCUGCUAACAACACUUCCACUCUGGCCCUGUUAGUGCCUGAAUGCAGCACAGUGAAUGGUGCACCAACACUCCUGGGACAUUACAGCAGUGGACAACGCCAAGUGGAAGCACUUUAAUUCACUUUUUUGUCCUUGACCUGCUUUGUAGGAAUGACUCAGCUUUACUGGUUGGUCCUCAGUUGAUUGACAAGAAUACUGGAAGACUAAGAGUAGUCUGAGAAUUUAUCAAGAAACUGCCAUCAGUAGACGAUAAGUAAUGAUGAUUAUUGAACUUGUGCUACUAGUUCUAGAGAGUCAUUUAAUGUCUUAUGACAACCUGAAGCGGUGAGAUUU